AUGCUUUGCAGGGCCCUCCUCGUCGCCGUCCUGGCCCUCGGCAGCCCGGCCAGCGCCAUCUGGCCGGCGCCGAAGCAGUCCUCGACGGGCAACGGCACGCUCUUCAUUGACCAGACGGUCCAGGUAACCUACAACGGCGAACAGGUGCGAUGGACUCCGUACCGCCCAGAUGAUGAUGAUGAUGAAGACUACCCCGGAUUUCCGGACUUUGCUGAGACCAGGGUGGACCAACAGAUCUCUUACACGGCCGGCUACGUGCCACCUAGCGGACCGCAUUUCGAUAGCAAGCAGAUUGUCCAGGGCGGCCUCUCGCGCACGUUUGGCGCAAUCUUCCAGCAGGGCUUCGUGCCGUGGAUGCUGCGGGCGCGCGGAUCAGACUUUGAGCCGGCGCUGGGCGGGAAGCGCAUCACGACGCUGCAGAUUGUGCAGACGCAGCACGACUCGGACAAGACCUUCAAGCCGCUCAACGGCGCCGUCAACGAAUCGUACGCCCUGGAUGUCGAUUCCAAGGGCCAUGCCACGCUCGUGGCGCCGUCGUCGACCGGCAUUCUCCGCGGAUUGGAGACGUUCUCGCAGCUCUUCUUCCAGCACAGCGCCGGCACGGCCUGGUACACGCAGCUGGCGCCGGUGUCGAUCCGCGACGAGCCCAAGUACCCUCACCGAGGCAUCUUGCUGGAUGUGAGUCGCCACUGGUUCGAGGUGUCUGACAUCAAGCACACAAUCGACGCGCUGGCGAUGAACAAGAUGAACAUCCUGCAUCUGCACGCUACCGACACGCAGUCCUGGCCGCUGGAGAUUCCCGCCUUGCCUCUGCUGGCCGAGAAGGGCGCCUACCACAAGAGCUUGAGCUACUCUCCCAGCGAUCUGGCCAGUAUCCAAGAGUACGGCGUGUACCGAGGCGUCCAGGUCAUCAUCGAAAUCGACAUGCCGGGCCACGUUGGCAUCGACCAGGCGUAUCCCGGCCUCAGCAAUGCCUACGGCGUCAACCCGUGGCAGUGGUACUGCGCCCAGCCGCCCUGCGGAUCCCUCAAGCUCAACGACACCAAUGUCGAAAAGUUCAUCGACACGCUGUUUGAAGAUUUACUGCCUCGUCUAUCGCCCUACUCGGCCUACUUCCACACCGGCGGCGACGAGUACAAGGCCAACAACUCGCUGCUCGACCCGGCCCUCAAGACAAACGACCAGAGCGUGCUUCAGCCGCUGCUGCAAAAGUUCCUGGACCACGUGCACGGCAAGGUGCGCGAGCUGGGCCUCGUGCCGAUGGUGUGGGAGGAGAUGAUUCUGGACUGGAACGCCACGCUGGGCAAGGACGUGGUUGCGCAGACGUGGCUGGGCGGAGGGGCGAUCCAGAAGCUGGCGCAGCUGGGAUAUAAAGUCAUUGACAGCAGCAAUGAUUUCUACUAUCUCGACUGCGGCCGCGGCGAGUUCCUCGACUUCGACAACGGCGCGCCCUUCCAGAACAACUACCCCUUCCUCGACUGGUGCGACCCAACCAAGAACUGGAAGCUGCUCUACUCCCACGAGCCCACCGACGGCGUGUCCUCGGACCUGCACAAGAACGUCAUUGGCGGCGAGCUGGCCGUCUGGACCGAGACGAUUGACACCACCAGCCUCGACACCAUCAUCUGGCCACGGGCCGGUGCUGCAGCCGAGGUCUGGUGGUCGGGCCGGGUGGACGAGGCGACGGGCACGAAUAGAUCGCAGCUGGAGGCACGGCCGAGAUUGUCGGAGCAGCGGGAGAGGAUGCUGGCGAGGGGAGUGAGGGGAGCGCCGAUUACGCAGCUGUGGUGCAGUCAGGUUGACGUUCAUGAUUGUGAGGGGGGGAACUAUUGA